UGUUUCUGAAAGUGCGAGUGUUUACAGAAAAUUGUAGUGUUGGACGAAUUCAAGACAUGGGACUUCUUACAUAAUUUACAUAGAACAGUACAAGAUUAGUGAAGGCAGAUAUUCCUACCGGGAUUUCUUCACCGUCGACAGAAUGGCAGAUGACAAUAAAGCAGCUUCUUCUUCUUACCAAAGUGACAGCAUGCAUGAUGGCAAGAAUCAAAAAAAGAAAACUUCAGUGUCGCAUGGGAGAAUAUUUUGCACACGACACCAAUGUCGAAUCGAGAGCACCCAUUUGCUGAAGCCUUUGACCUUUUCUUAAAAUAAAUCUCGAAUGUCAGUUUCUCAG